GUAAUAUGGCUCGGUGACUUCAACCGCCACCACCCUAUGUGGGAAUUAGCCAAUAACACGCAUCUAUUCACAGCAGCAAACUUAGAUGCUGCAGGAACCCUCAUUAAUCUCUUAGCUUUGUACAACAUGAUACAGGUACUCCCACCAGGAAUAGCAACCCUCGAAGCCUCAAACACGAAGAAUCUCACUCGACCUGACAAUGUCUUCUGCUCAGACAGAAUGGAACAAGUAUUCACACAAUGCGAGGUCAUGUAUCACCUCCGGCCA